UGUGUGCACAGUGGAGAAGAUGGCUGCUCGUGGUGGUCUACAAGCAGCCCCUGCAGGAGGGAUGAACUCCGGGCCUCAGAGCUGUGCUGUGCCGCCGGGCAUGGGGCCUGGAGCUCCUGCUGGAAGGAUGGGUCCUUCGUCCGCAGCACAAAACCACCUGUAUCGUUGUCCCGUGCCCGGGCCUGGAUACCCGAGACCAGGUGUCCCCCCUGGAAGCCGAACGGUGCCACAGGGCCCGGCCAUGGGACCACCGAGCUAUGGAGCCAGCCCAGUAUCUCGGCCUGGUAUGCCUCUUGUAGAUCCAGUCCGCAAGAGACCAGCUCCUCCACAGAUACAGCAGGUUCAACAGCCGGCUGCCCAGAGCCGCCACCAGCAUACUAAAAAGAAGAAAAUCGCAGAUAAAAUUCUACCUCAGAGGAUCAGAGACCUUGUCCCGGAGUCCCAGGCCUACAUGGAUCUGCUUGUGUUUGAGCGAAAACUCGACCAGACAAUCAUGCGGAAAAGGCUGGAUAUUCAGGAAGCGCUCAAGAGACCUAUCAAGCAAAAAAGGAAACUCCGUAUCUUUAUAUCAAACACUUUCAACCCAUCGAAGCCUGAUGCAGAGGAUGGUGAGGGAGCAGUUGCAUCAUGGGAGCUCCGUGUGGAAGGCCGGCUGUUGGAGGAUACUGGUGUGUCAAAGUAUGAAGCCACGAAGCAGAAGAGGAAGUUCUCUUCAUUCUUUAAGUCACUGGUGAUUGAGCUUGACAAGGACUUGUAUGGUCCUGACAACCACUUGGUGGAGUGGCACAGGACAGCCACCACUCAAGAGACAGAUGGGUUCCAGGUGAAGCGACCAGGUGACGUUAAUGUUCGCUGUACUGUGCUGCUUAUGCUCGAUUACCAGCCCCCACAAUUUAAACUGGACCCUCGUCUUGCUCGAGUAUUGGGAAUCCACACACAGACUCGGCCGGUGAUCAUCCAGGCACUUUGGCAGUACGUGAAGACCCACAAGCUGCAGGACCCUCAUGAGCGUGAGUUAAUCAACUGUGACAAGUACCUCCAGCAGAUAUUUGAGACCCAACGGAUGAAGUUUUCGGAGAUUCCCCAGCGCCUGCAUGCCCUGCUGAUGCCCCCUGAACCAAUAAUCAUUAAUCACAUAAUCAGUGUAGACCCCAAUGACCAGAAGAAAACUGCCUGCUAUGAUAUUGAUGUAGAGGUGGAUGAUACUCUGAAAACACAAAUGAACUCAUUCCUACUGUCUACAGCCAGCCAGCAGGAGAUAGCCAAUCUGGACCACAAGAUCCACGAGACAAUCGAAACCAUCAGCCAGCUAAAGACACAGAGGGAGUUCAUGCUGAGCUUUGCACGGGAUCCCCAGGGCUUCAUAAAUGACUGGCUACAGUCCCAGUGCAGGGACUUGAAGACAAUGACUGACGUAGUGGGAAACCCUGAGGAGGAGAGGAUGGCCGAGUUUUACUUCCAGCCAUGGGCCCAGGAGGCCGUUUGUCGCUAUUUCUAUUCUAAGGUGCAGCAGAGGAGACAGGAGCUGGAGCAGGCACUUGGGAUCAGAAACACAUAAAUUCUUGGAGCACUAGACCAAGAGAUGGCAAAGGGCAUUUAGAAGACACUAACCUCCAAGUGCUGGAAUUCCACUAGUGGGGACAGAACCAAACUUCAUCACUUUUCCUGUCAGCAGAAAACAGCAUUCUGUGGUUCACAUACAUCCUACCACCUCCGAAUGAUUGAAUUUAUUUAUUUAUUUGUCUUGCCUUUUAUCUCACCCCCAACCAGGUCUGCCUGUGACCCCUUUGAGUCAUUGAACUUUUUUCCCUCUCAACUAAAAAUCCCUUUUAAACUGCCUUUGUGCUGUAAGCAUAGUUGCUUUGUUUAUGUGGCUACUGUUUGUGAUGAUGCAACUAUAUUUUUUUCUUAUGCAGUGGUUGUGUUCUCCUUUUCACAUGUCCAGCCCUUAUUACAAACUGACACUCCAGCAGUAAGUUAUACUUUAUACAAUAUAUAGAGAAAUAAUUAUUGCAAGUUUGGAAAAUUGCCUUCCAUUUUCAAUUUGUAGGGUUUAGAGAAGUUCUCACUUACUGAUCCUGCUUAUUACUUAAGGGUUUGUGUGUUAUAGGUUUGUGCAAAGCUUUUUGUCUAGUUUUACUGGACCUUUAAAGAGGUUUAGAAUGUAGCCACCCAUAUGAAGAUAUGAUUGCUAAUGUGUUUAGGAUGGAGUGGUUCUGCACAGGGACUGUAAGUUCUUUUAACAGUUUUUAUGAACAUUUUCUAAAAUCUAGUUUUGGGAGCUGGUUCAUUUAAUAGAAUGAAAGUGUUCUUUAUAAUUCAGUUCAGGUGUCUCUUCCUAACAUUGCAGUGUUUAUCAUUAGGAGGUUUAUAUUAUAACUUUUGUAUGGAAAUGCCAUAGAAGAACAGCUGAUGAAGGAAACGAGUUACUGAAACAUGUAGAGUGUUUGGGUGAAUAUUAACAGUUUUAGAACAACUGUUUGCACAUUAAACUCAUUCCAUUUUUCCAGCCUCAGUAAAACUCCUGUAGAUUUUCUUUAGCUUAGUUUUAAGAUUUCACCAGAUGACUGAAUCUCUGUACGGUUAAAUGGAAAUGUUUACUUCCCUCACACAUUUCUUGA